UUUCAAAAUGGAAGACAAUUCUAAAAAGAUAAUAGUCAUCGGAGAAAUGACUUAUGAGCACUUAAACUUUGAAAAGGAAGCUCUUUGUCAUGAAUCGGUCAAAUCUAUUACUCUAAAGUCUAGUGUUGCAAAUAAAAUGAAGGUGCCUAAAGGUCAAAAGGGUCGGAAAUUUUCAAGCUAUCUAGGCAUGGAUGACCCUACUUUCAAAGUUGAGCUUAAACUCAAUGGCAAAAUUGACUGUGAAAAUGAGCUUGACUGCAAAGAGAGGGUAAAUUACAUAGAAGGAAGACAUAAGAAGGGGGUAAUAACCUAUCUCAUGCUCGCCACUAAUCAUGGGAAAUAUAUUGAAUGUGGAGUUGCAAAGAAAAAGGACAAAUAUUUCUUCUGGAGUAUACCGAUUAUUUUCCAAACUGGCAACCAGGUCAUGAACCUUUCACAAAAAUUACAAGAAAGUAGUUCUGAUAUGGAAGAGAUAAAAUUCGAUUCUAUCCUACAACCCAAAGGUAGAUCGUCUUCUCUAAUGGGCUCUGAACUUCUGGACAAAGUCGACGACAUGAUCGCAGUUAGCAACGACAAUAAAUACGGCUCUAUAACCCCUCAUAGACUCAGAAGCAACAACCCCUCUUCUAACCCCCUCUCUGAUACCAACAAUGACGAAUUCCACUCCUUACCUGGCCAGAGUGACCAAUUCAACUACAACCCCUCUAACGACGAGCCCUCUCUCGACCAAAAGAACCCCAAAGCCACCUUCAUCGAAGACCGAGGAACUCUCAUCGAAGGAAGUGCUAUAUUCUAUGAUGCUAAGUGAGAAGUGGGAAGUGAAGACCAGAGUAGUGAGGAGGAGUUGAUAGAGAAGAGUAAGGAGGAGAGUAAAGAGGAGAGUAAGGAGAAAGGAGGCAUGCAGUAUUUGGGUGUAGGGAAGGAUUAUAGUAAGAAAGAGAUAAAUAAAUAAAUCUAAUACUUCUAUAAAUUAUCCAGCAGAGACUGAGGAGAGUGAAGAUAGCAAGUUUGAGAAUUUCAGACCCUCUUCGGUGGUUAGCCCGAAGCAUGAAGGAAAUGAGUUUAGGAAAUUAACUUCGUUGGAAAUGGAUGCUCAAAGUGAGAAGAUUAAGGAAGAGCUUGUAUUUGUCAAUCCUGAGAAAAAGAGAAAGCAUAUCAAUUAUAAGCAAUUAGAUAGGCUACGCCAGAAAACUUAUCUGUAAUUUUGUAGCACCAAGGUUGGAGCUUCUUA